GUUCCGCGACGGACCGGGCGGCGCAGCGCUUCCGCCGGCAGUGGCGGCAUGGCGGGCUGGGGGCUGCUGGCCCGGCUCGGGGCCCGGCUGCGGGCGGCGGCGGCGCCGGCGAGGCCGCUGCGGGCGGUGACGGCGGCAUCCGGCCACAGGUGGCAGCUGGGCUUUGCAUCCAGGCCUGUGCACAAUUCAACAUGGUGGCAUGAGCAUCUGUCUGAAGAGAAUGUGCAGUUCCUCAGGAAGGCGGCAGCAGAGGAGUACAGAGCGCAGACGGCCAGCAAGCUGUGCCCACUGAAGGACGAGCCGUGGCCGCUGAAUGAGUGGAAGCCAGAUUCUGUCAGAGUUGGUGUUGUUGCAGUAAAACUGGGAAUGAUGCCAAUGUGGACCAAGUCAGGAAAGAAGCACGCUGUCACACUACUUAAGGUGCAAGAUUGCCAUGUUUUGAAGUACAUUUCAAAGGAAGAUUCAGGUGGAAAAACAGCAAAGCUGCUUGUUGGAGGGAAAAACGGAUCUCCUUUUUCUAAAUCAGAGGCUGAAAUGGAAAUUUUUAGAGAAGCUGGAGUACCACGGAAGCAGAAAGUUACAACAUUUAAUGUGACAGAUGAUGCCAUAAUUAAACCAGGUACUCCUCUGUAUGCUGCUCACUUCCGCCCAGGCCAGAUGGUGGAUGUUACUGCAAAAACAAUUGGUAAAGGAUUUCAAGGUGUCAUGAAAAAGUGGGGAUUUAAAGGGCAGCCUGCCAGCCACGGCCAAACUAAAACUCACAGACGUCCUGGAGCAAUAUCUACCAAUAAAGUUUCCAGAGUUUUCCCUGGAAAGAAAAUGCCUGGUAAAAUGGGUAACGUCUAUAGGACAUCUUUUGGAUUAAAGGUGUGGAGGAUCAACACAAAACAUGAUAUUAUUUAUGUACAUGGCUCUGUUCCAGGUCACACAAAUUGUCUGGUGAAGGUCAGAGAUACAAAAUUGCGUGUUCACAAAGACUGCAAUAAAAACCCUCCUUUCCCUACGUUUUUUGCUGAUGGAGAUGAAAAACUACCAGAAGACUUGUACGACGAGGAAAUGUUCCAGUUCACAGAUCCAUCGGUCACAUAUGCAUAAUGUUCUUGACAUCUUUGAAAACGCAGAAUUUUUUUAUUUUCAUGAACUUUGCAAUGUUGUAUAAAAGUAAACCGAAGAAUUGCAAUCCGACCAACUGAUCUGGACAUUUCAUAUAUUGCUGUUUUGGUCAGGUAAAAACAUGAGACUGUUGAUAAAUCAGCAGAUGAGUCUGAGGGACAGGUUGCAAAGCUUAUCACCAGUUUGUCUUCAGUGUUCUUUUGUCCUCUGCCACAGACUGUGAAAACUUACAGAUUUCUGGAAACUGUUGAAGAUGGCUCCAGUUUGAUCUUCUGAAUAGUACCAACUUCUGUAUUCUGUGGAAACUAGUCUAGCCAACUCUGAUCAGUCAAUAAAACUUUCAGAUCUGCUUUGGCGUCUGAGAGGGUGAAUAAAUCAGAUGCAAAUCCAAAGAAUAACUUAGCAUAAAAAAGGAAAAUACAUUGAUUUGCAGUA